ACGGCGUUUCCCCGCGGCGCUCCUUCGCAGCCCCUCUGCCCAAAGGUGCUGAGAAGAUGACUUCCUCAGGUGCCCCAGGGGCCCGCAUGACAUCCACAGUCAGUAUCAACAUUUCUACUCCAUCCUUCUACAACCCGCAGAAGAAGUUUGCACCUGUGGUUGCCCCGAAACCCAAGGUGAACCCCUUCAAAACUGGRGGUGUAUCGGAGCCAUUGCUGCCACAGCCUCCUGGAGCUGGUGCCCAGCGUGCUCAGAUGGGGAAAGUGGGAGAGAUUCCAUCAGCCUCUACAUACAUGGUGGCAGAAGAGCUUCCACUGCCGCCGCCRCCUCCUCCAGGAGAUGAUGCGAGUCUUUCCUCGAACACUGCAUUUCCGCCACCCCCACCUCCCUUUGAAGAGCCUUUUCCCCCAGCCCCAGAAGAUGUCUUUCCUUCUCCUCCUCCACCAAUGUUUGAUGAAGGACCUAUGAGCAAAGUACCUGCCCCACAGGUACGUGACAAGAUGAACAGCAUUGAUCUUGAGUUUUCCUCACUGUCCGUAAUGUUGGAUGACAUGGAGAAGAAUGACCCCUUCAAAUCCCGGGUAUCUCCAGGAUCCACAGAUUCUCUGGAGAGACAGUCUACUCCAAAAGACCUGGUGGAAAUUUCAUCUGCACCCAAAGAUUCUCCUCGUUCCUUUCCAUCCAAGUUCACUCCAAAGCCAAGUGGAAGUUUAUCUUCCAAGCCCCUUGAAGUGGAUGCAAUCCCUGCCCCAGCCCCAUGGGCAGCCCCACAGCAGCACAGAGAGCCUCCAGCACCAGUCCCUUCCCCCCCUUCCCUCCCUCCUUCUCAGCCUGCCCCUAAAUACAUCCCACCUCCUGUUGCUGGAUCUUCUAAGUCUGGGUCCAAGCCAGGUGCCAGCAUUUCCAUGGCUCCUUCAAACUCCGUAAGAAAUUCUACCUCCCUUCAGACUCAGUUCACAGCCCCUCCACCUACAGGUCCCUCCUCACGGCCACAGCCUCCCAAUUUCACCUAUGCCCAGCAGCGGGAAAGACCUCAAGUACAGGAGAAGCCGCGUCCUGCAGAACAGCCUGUUGCUACGAAAGACAUGCGUAGACCCACAGGCUCCAGUGCAGAUCCCCCUAGGGGAAAUUCUUCUCUGACCAUGAAGGAAGUAGAAGAGCUGGAGAUGUUGACUCAAAAACUAAUGAAGGAUAUGGAGCACCCACCUCCAGCAGAAGCCACUACUUCUGAGCUCUGUGGCUUCUGCCGGAAGCCCCUUUCAAGAACCCAGCCAGCUGUGAGAGCCCUGGACAGCCUUUUCCAUGUGGAGUGCUUCACCUGCUUCAAAUGUGAGAAGCAGCUGCAGGGUCAGCAGUUCUACAAUGUGGAUGAGAAGCCUUUCUGUGAGGACUGCUAUGCUGGGACCUUGGAGAAGUGUAGUGUCUGCAAACAAACCAUCACAGAUCGUAUGCUGAAAGCCACUGGUAACUCAUACCAUCCUCAGUGCUUCACCUGUGUGAUGUGCCACACACCUCUUGAGGGGACCUCUUUUAUCGUGGACCAGGCCAACCAGCCUCAUUGUGUGGAUGAUUACCACAGGAAAUAUGCUCCACGUUGCUCAGUCUGUAGCGAGCCUAUCAUGCCAGAGCCUGGAAAGGAUGAGACAGUGCGUGUGGUGGCACUGGAAAAAAAUUUCCACAUGAAAUGUUACAAGUGUGAGGACUGUGGGAAGCCCUUGUCCAUUGAAGCAGAUGAGAAUGGCUGUUUCCCACUAGAUGGGCAUGUACUGUGCAUGAAGUGUCACACUGCUCGUGCCAAAACAGCACGCUGAGGCACUCGGAGUGGAGUAGCCAAUUAAACCCCUCCACCCAAUGCUCUUUCCCUCCCCUCUACCGUCCUGCCCCUCUGCCUGGCAAGGCAGAUGCCUACCUUUUGGAGACCCUCCCAUUGCAGUACCUUCCUCACGUAGGAUCCUCCUAGACUUCAGCCUGUGCACCUGCCAAGGAAGCACCCUUUCUGCAGUCACUACCUUCUUGGCCACAGCGUAUUCCAAGCUGGGGACUGAGGUGGACAAACGUGCUCUGUUUCUGUAGCAUUCUUGGAGCAAGAGCUCUUGAGUAAGACCAGAUCUCCACCACCACCUGGUGGAAGUAGAAAGAAUGACCUACUGGCAGGUGCUGGGCAUUGUACUCUAUGGAGCCAAGAUGGGGUAUUUUACAUUAGAAGGUGGAAGCCUCUGUCUCAACACUGCUUCUGUCUUUGCAGUUUUGUUUUUUUAUUUCUGUCACCUUAUUACAAGGAUGAUUUUUUUUCUUCUUUCCUGUUCAAAGUGCGAAUACAAAGCAUAUUGAGAAUCUGUUCUAGUUGCUGGAAAAAAACUAACCUCCUGUACCUUUUCUACUUUCUUCUUUUAUUUUAUUCUAUUUUAUUUUUUUAUUAUUUUAAGCUCUCUUCCCAACCUGGGAAUUGAAUUAGUUCCCAGUGGGGUUUUCUGGGCAGCCAGGUGGAGCACCAGAGUAGAAAACUAGUCCAAAGAAUGUGUUUGUUUACAAAUAAAGACUGUCAAAAGAGCUGGCAGCACACAGUAAGGAGGUGCCUCAAUAUGUGGAUGAGAAAUAGCAGGCUGAGAAAUGCUUCCCUUUUCCAGGCAGCUUUCAGUGCUGUUCAGUGCCGAGCUUCAGUAUAACAACAGACUUGUCUGGCUCCGCUUGUUACUAUACUAGAUGCCAUUUUCUGGUAAGAACUUCCCAAACUGAACAAACUUUCUGGAUAACUAUAUUGUCCAGCCACUGUUUGCAUAUAAUAAAAUGUGUGUUUUUUCAUUAA